GGGUGUGUCCCUCAUGGUUGUUUAGUCGACAUAUAAGAAGUUGUUGGAGGGGAGACUGUAAAAGUGCAGAGAAGCUGAGAGCGUCGAAAGUUCUCAGCCAUGGAUUCUACUCGUUUAUUGUUACUUCUGUUAAUGUUUUGCUGUGUUUCUGCCGUAAACGCCACAGUUAAAGGACGAGGAUUCAUCGGACGUGAAGACCCUGCGGACUCGGGACUGGUUGUGGUGGACCAGGCGACGGUUGACAUACUGAAGAGCAACCUCACCACCGUCUUCAUCCCGAUCAUGUACAUCAUCGUCUUCGCGAUUGGACUUCCCGCCAACGGCAUGGCCAUCUGGGUGUUCCUCGUCCGGACGAAGAAGAAGCACCCGUCCUCGAUCUACAUGGCCAACUUGGCUCUGGCCGACCUCCUCUUCGUCAUUUGGACGCCUCUGAAGAUCGCCUACCACUUCAACGGCAACGACUGGACGUACGGCGAGCCGCUGUGCAAAGUCCUGGUGAGCUUCUUCUACGGGAACAUGUACUGCUCCGUCCUCUUCAUCGCCUGCCUCAGCGUGCAGAGGUACUGGGUCGUCGCUCACCCGCUGUCCCAGCAGAGGAAGAACAACAAAGUCGCCGUCGGUGUCUGCGUUGCCAUCUGGGCGUUCAUCUGGCUCACGACGACGCCGCUGUACCUGUACGACCACACGGUCCGGCUCAAAGACCCCAACAUCACCACCUGCCACGACGUCAACGUCAUCAAAGACCCCUUGAACCCGUUCCCCUCCGUCCAGCUCCCCUAUUACUACUUCAUCUUCAUGGGAUUGGUGGUGUUUCUGGUCCCGUGCGUGAUCAUCGCGGUGGCGUACGUUCUGUUACUGCGAGCUCUCGGUCACGACAUGGACGACAGCGCGGCGGGGAAAAACCGCCACAGAGCCGUGGUGUUGAUCGUCACCGUCCUGAUGACGUUCCUCGUCUGUUUCAUCCCCAGUAGCAUCAUGCUGGUGGUGCACUACUCCCUCCUCAAAGACGGGGUCGUAAACAACGGCUACGGAUUCUACAUCUCCACGUUGUGCCUGGCGAGUCUGAACAGCUGCUUCGACCCGUUCAUCUACUACUUUGUGUCCGAGGACUUCAGGGACCACGUGAAGAACACCCUGCUGUGCCGGAGCAGCAGGACCGUGGAGAGGAUGAGGGUCUCCUUCAGCUCCAUGAAAUACUCCAGGAAGAGCAAGUCGUACGUGUCGGACAGCGGGAACACGCAGAGCAGCAGCUGUUAGGGCCGGCAGAGACUCCAUCAGGCCUGUCUGUGCUUGUACAGUAAUCACACAGAUCUCGUUCUAUUUGCAACUCAGAAGAAG